AUGGCGUUCCCGUCUGCGUCGCCGCCCCCACCGACUUCUCCGAAGAGGACACGACAGCCAUCAGCGCCCGAGUCCCCGGAUGAGACGUACUCGCAGCUAGACAUCGGGAUGUGUCAAGCUCCGCGGGCUGUUCCACCGACCUCCACUCCAAGACUGCCGACUCCGGUGAAGCGGUCAACUAUACCGACCGCUCCCGUUGAGUCGGCGCCGGGACCUGUUGCUGUUGCAGCUGCGGCGAAGAGGAAGGUAUCACUGCGUUCGUCUGCGGUCAGCAGCUGGUCAGCUGUGACGUGUCAAAAUAUAGACAGAAUUGUGUCCCUUCUCAGUCGAAGUCUCCCUGUUGGGAAGAGGUGCUUUGUUAACUGCACGUGCUAUUCACGCUUCAUGCGCCGAGGUUGCUUUAUGCGCAUUUUGGAUCGCAAAACGAUUAAAUGGCUUCUCAUCACUCAUAAAAAUGCUUUUGUUGGGGUGGAGUUCACGAUGAGUGACAAACUGCAGUCUCUGGUAUUUCUGCUGGCGGCCUGCUUCGUCGUGUGUACAGGGCCGGAAGUUGCCGGUGUGCUCGCCACUGAUGCCAAUGUGGAGUAUUUCCUGGUUGAGAUCGUCCAUCCUGUAGAGGGGGCUGCGCUCUACACGGAACCCUCUUUUCAGUCAGCAGGAGAGUUCUUCCAUCAGUUCCCAGGAGUGUUCCCGAUUCACAUGUUCCACGAAUCAGGAUGGCCCAAGAUCGUUGCAAUCGUCAGGAUUACGACACCCAAUGCGUUGUUCCCGCUGGUUGUCGCAGUCACCAAUCUCGGUCUCGACAUGGCCAGUUCUCCGCUGUACUCGUUUGAGGCGUUUGCUUUGUUCUGUGGGGCGCCGCUCCCUCUAGCACAACCGUCUCUGCGGUUACUGCCGUGUGCCCGAGUUUACUCCUUACAGAUAGAUAUCAUUCCGCUCGGCAACGCGACUCAGUACAUCAAGUUGUUAAGGAACUUUACGAUGGAGGUUCUACGACUGAGAUCCGUGGGAAUAAUUUUUGACGUCUACAAGUUUUUGGGUCGAGUUCCGGCGUCGUUUCUGAUCCUGGGUUGCGGGACUCCUACGUUUUACGACCAGCUCACGCUGAGCCUGGCGACGGUGGGGAUUGACAUGAGCUCCUACACCGUGGGCACCGCCGCCUCCCUCACCAAGUGGAACCCCAUGUUCACUAAAGGAAGCACAUGCGUCUAUGGGCCGCGUUUCAUCUCCGGGAAGAAGAAGAAGAAGAAAUAGAUAACGAUAUGAUUACAUUAGUCUGUGUUUGUUACACCUGUAACAAUGUAAUACGAUUAGAGCAGCAUUUUGGGGUUUGGUAAUUUAAUGUAAAUGUUGUAUUUUAAGAACGUAAAUAAA